CGUCAUUUCCUUAUUCCUAAUUUGGAAGGCGGAGGAACUGGAGUAAUUACGAGGCCGCGUGAACGCACCUGAAAUUCGUUACGUUCAUACAAACCUGUUUUUCCGAUUUCUCCGACAGUUUGACCUUCAUUAAUGAAAGGAUUCAGUUUAUUGUCGGUCAUUGUUAGUGUUUUUCCCGCGGUGCACAUGGAUCAAGUCUUCGUGUACGGGACGCUAAAGAGAGGCCAGCCCAACUACUUCAGGAUGAUGGACCCUGACAACGGUCGGGCCGAGUUUGUGGCUCACGCUCGCACAGUGGAGCGAUACCCGCUCGUGAUCGCCACCAAAUACAACAUCCCCUUCCUGCUCAACGUCCCUGGGACGGGUCAGCGCAUCCAGGGUGAGAUCUACAGCGUGGACAAGAAGAUGCUGGACUACCUGGACUGGUUAGAAAGUUGUCCAGAGAAGUACCAGCGCACAACUGUCCAGCUGGAGGUGCAGAACGGGCUCGGUGAAGGGGAAAACACGCCGAAGUCUGGAAGUAUCGUCGAGGCCUUUAUGUACAGCACAACCUCAUAUGAACCCGAGUGGCUCCAAAAAACAACAUAUGAGAGUUAUGAUGCUUACGGUGAUCACGGCCUGCACUAUGUGUGUCGUGAAGACAGAUGCUCAGAGUAACUACUGUAGUAACAUUUACCAGGGUUUCAUUUGGAAGACCAUGAAAUAUGAACUAAAAUGUGCUUUUAAUAUACUAUCUCUGUAUUAAAAAAUGUAAUUAGUUUCCACUUGUAGUACACUAGUGUAUGAAAGAUGGGUUCAAGUGUACUACAAGUGGUAACUAAUUAAAUUUUUUAAUACAGAGAAAGUAUGUUAAAAGUCAUUUAACCAUGUAUUGCUAUGUCUUUUUUCUUUCAAAUACAUUUUUAUUUUAAAAUUAAUUUCAUUUUUAAAAAUUAUGAUUUAAUUAUUAGAUUUUCAUUAAACUCACAAACCUUCAGUUUCAGUAUAUUGUUGGUAAGAAAGACAUUUUUCUUCUCGUUUAGAUGUUUAUUGGAUGGAGAAGGUGGUGCAGUGUUCACAUGAGAUUCUGUCAACACUAAUUUAAUAUCAUCGAGCAACUAAUAAUGCAUCAUAUAAAGAUUGUUCUAUUUUCAUCUAAACUGCUAUAAUGUCUGAUCAUCUUCACUUUUACAUUGUUUGACAUCUUGGUUUGAAUAGAAUAAAAGCAGUUCCUUCACAAA